GUCGGUCCGGCAAUCGUAAACAAAACAUAACUUCAAAGUGAACUCGAGUCGCGAGUGUAGACGAAAGUAUUGAGUUUUCCAUACGUGAAGCAAACUACAACAAUGUCUUUGAUUCCACGCUUUUUUGACGAGAGACCUGUAAGACUUAUGGAACGGGAAUUAUUUUCUCCAAGCAUUUUCCCGAACUACCACCAAAAACUCGUUCCACGUGAUUUCUAUCAGCCGUGGACUUCUCCAUUCCGGCAAUGGGAAGAUAUGUACAGACAGAUGGAGCAACUCUCGUCUGUUAUGAAUCAAAUGGCGAUGGAAGGUACCAAGAUAUCUUCAGAUUCAGAGAAGUUCCAGGUCAAUGUAGACGUCCAACACUUUGCCCCUGAUGAAAUUUCAGUGAAGGUCGCCAACAAGCAUGUCACUAUUGAAGGCAAGCACGAAGAGAAGCAGGACGAACAUGGUUACGUUUCCCGGCAGUUCAUUCGUAGAUAUCCAUUACCUGAAGGCUGUUUACCAGACACUGUGCAGUCUAAAUUAUCAUCUGACGGUGUAUUAACUAUCACAGCUCCUAAGGUCUUGGCUAUGCCGUCAACUGGGGAAAGGAUCGUACCAAUCACACAAACGGGACCCAUCAAAAAGCAAAUUGGAUCACCUAAUGAAGAACCAUCCAAGAUUGAAGAAAAAAAUUAAUUAGAUUUAAUUUUAGAGCUUUCCAUUUAAGACUGAAUUGUUUCGUGAUGUGUAAUUAUAGUGUCUAAUACUUUAUGUUAAAAAUUUACUUUUUGUAUUUAUUCAUCUAAUUAUAACAGAUAAUGUGUUAAUAAAGAAAAUAUUAACAUGAA